UCUCCGAUGAAGGGGAUUAAACGUUUCGGGAAAAGAGGCAAGUUAUGCCCUAGGUUUACAGGACCUUUCGAGAUUCUCGAGAAGAUAGGUCAAGUGGCAUAUCGGUUAGCAUUGCCUCCAGCUUUAUCAGCAGUGCACAACGUAUUUCAUGUCUCAAUGCUGAGAAAAUACGUUUCAGACCCCUCUCAUAUACUCAGUUAUGAGAGCCUUCAGCUUCAGUCAGACAUGUCUUAUGAGGAACAGCCAGUGCAGAUCCUGGAUAGGAAGGAUAAAGUCCUUCGGAAUAAGACCAUAGCGUUGGUCAAGGUUCUCUGGAGAAACAGUAAGGUGGAAGAAGCCACCUGGGAGCUUGAGUCAGAUAUGCGAGCUCAAUAUCCAGAGUUAUUCAGGUAAAGGCAAGGCUGUAGCUGAUGGACCGUGACCGAGCAUAUGAGAUUGUACAUGUUGGGGCGGUUAGGCCUGGAGCGUACGAUCCUCGGGACAGCAGGGCUGAGAUUUUGUAACUGUCGUUAGACGACUUUAUUUUGAUGUAAAAGUUGAACAGUAAAAACGUUUGUAAAUAUUUUUAUAAAUCGGGAUCCCGAGACUUUUUGCAAAAUGGUUUAUAAGUUUAAUGAAAAAAGCAAAAUUUUAAUUAA